ACACACACACACAGUUACAAGUGGCUUCAGUGCAUGAAGACUGAGGCUGCUGCUGCUGCAUUGUACACAGCUUUCUUGGAAUACAGAAAAGGCUCAUUUUUAUCUCGAAUGUAGCUAGUGUGUCUAGGGGAAGAUGCAUCAGCUGGAAAAAACAGACGUGAGCUGUAUCUGUGAUGCCAGAAUGGAUGUGGAAAGAACAGACCAUUGUCUUAUCGAGGUCAAGCCCGUACUGCACCGUUGGUCAAUAUUCAGAUUUUAAAACUCUGAACAAAAUAUCCACUGGAUAAAUAAAGAAGAGUAACUAUAUGAUCUGGGACAGAGCCUAAUGGUUUAAAGUCUGAGGGAUUGAAAAAGUUGUCGCGAUUUACAAGGGGAGGAAGUGAGUUAGGGUAUAUAUUUUUUACCAGUGGAUCUGAAUUAUUUGACCAUAUUCAUUCUUCAAGAGGAACUCCAUUACUGAUCAUAGAAAGAUUGAUGUUACAAUUGUGAACUUUCUUAGUCUCCAGGAAAAUAAUCGUCGUCAUAUCUGAUCUUGUGGCGAUUGCUGUAUUGUACGCCUGAAUAGACCGACCAAAUUUUUUUUGUUGGUGAACAUUAGUUAUGGCUGCCGCUAUUGCCAGCUCCCUUAUUAGGCAGAAGAGACAAGCUCGGGAGAGGGAAAAAUCCAACGCAUGUAAAUGUGUUAGCAGCCCCAGCAAAGGCAAAGGGAACUGUGAGAAAAAUAAACUCAAUGUCUUCUCUCGGGUCAAACUGUUCAGCUCCAAAAAGAGGAGAAGACGACGACCAGAACCUCAACUCAAAGGUAUAGUCACUAAGCUCUAUAGCCGGCAAGGAUACCACUUGCAGCUCCAAGCAGAUGGCACAAUUGAUGGGACAAAGGAAGAGGAAAGCAGCUACACUUUGUUUAACCUCAUACCAGUUGGCUUACGAGUGGUGGCAAUUCAAGGUGUUCAAACUAAACUAUACCUGGCAAUGAACAGUGAAGGUUACUUGUACACCUCCGAACAUUUUACGCCUGAAUGCAAAUUCAAAGAGUCGGUGUUUGAAAAUUACUACGUGACAUAUUCUUCAAUGAUAUACAGACAGCAGGGUUCGGGACGGAGCUGGUUUUUGGGUCUCAACAAAGAGGGAGAAAUUAUGAAAGGAAAUCAUGUAAAGAAAAACAAGCCUGCAGCUCACUUUCUGCCGAAACCUCUAAAAGUGGCUAUGUACAAAGAACCUUCUCUUCAUGAUCUCACAGAAUUUUCCAGAUCUGGAAGCGGCACACCAACCAAAAGCAGAAGUGUUUCAGGGGUACUAAAUGGCGGUAAAUCCAUGAGUCAACAUGAAUCAACGUAGCCAGCUGCAGGCAAGACAAAAGCUACUGUACACCUAUUAAUGGAACCUUACCUCUGGAUGCUGUUGAAUUCUUACUUAGCAGUCCUUCAUCCAAAUAUUCAAGUUUUUUCAGGACAAGCACUGAACUUGCAUAGGUCGCUCACGUCAGCCAUUAGAUCUCUGGGUUUUCAGUGGAUUCCAUCAUUUUAGAAUGUGCUUUUUUGCAUCUCAGAAGGCACUUGGAUAGUCAGCAAAACAUACAGUGGAAUAAACACCAAGGAGAGGACAUACCCUGCUCUCUGUUUAUAUCACCUAUGCUUUGUGGAGAGAUAAAACGAAACCAAACAUUUCACAGAACUUAAUGUUGAUAAGAAAUUUUGCUUCCAACCAAGAAAAAAUAAAAAGACCACUUUUGCUCUUUAAAGAAAAUUUUACUGCUUAUAUGUUUUAUAGGGGGCAACCAUAUAAAAUGUCUAAUCUGUUGUUUAUUGGCUUACAGUUUUAUAUAUAAGCUUGAUGACAUGUAUUAUUCAUUUGGAGAAGUGCAACACUUUGAUUUUCAACAGAAACAGCUUUGCAAAUCCAUUCCGGUUCUUUAGAGCUGGAUCUCCUUGUCAAAAUCAGUUCAGAUCUGAGGUGACACCUCAGUCUCAAGUAAACAGUGUUCCUGUAACUUAUAAUUACGGUAUAACAUGCUAAAAUGUUUUUUGUUUUUUUUAUAUAUACCGUAUCUUUGUAGUAUCCUGGUUGUAGUGUUAAUCCAUUAAUGUAGACACAGAAACGUAUUGUCAAACAGAAACAGUAAUAUAUACCAUUAUGGAUUCUAUCAUCCACCUACGUAAAUUUCUCUUAAUUCCAUUUUUGUGUACGAUGUUAUUUAAAUGUUGUGAUUUCUUUUCUAACAAAAAAAUGAAACCGUGGAAUUAAGGAGACAAUUUUUAUAGCAAAUGUCUUAUUUGUAAAUGUCCUUUUUUUUCAAUGUAUGGCAUAUUUAAGUAUCGUAGACGAGGAGACAUUCUGGGCAGGCUGUGUCUACACAACAGGUACAUGUGACUGCUAUUUAAUAAAAAUGUUUAGGAUCUAUUAUGUUUUCCAAGUAGGUGGUCAUUACCUUUGCAUGGACAAAGAGAGGGUAGGAGUCAAGGCUGCAUGACAUGUUUCGUUUUGUGCAUUAGCUAAUGAGGAUUUAUUUUCUCCCCAUAAAUAUAAUAUGGACGGGAGGGUUUAAAUCUUGUACACAUUGUUGAUUUGUUGUAUACACCAAAUGCACUGAAUACAUCAUUUUUAUUAAACUGUUAUCAUUUUUACAAUACAGUAUUAUUAAUUUCAUAGCUAAAAUGUUUCUUCCCCUCCAAUACCAAAUGUUAAUAGUAAUAUUCUGAUUUUAAAGCAGGCUAUGCAUUAUCACUGUUUACAUGUUUAGUCAUAAUAUUUUCUUUUAAAUUUGAUUCAAUAAUAUAUUUUAUUUUUAAUAGGACCCUGUUUACGUUGAAGCAGAUUGUGCACUUGUAAAAUAAAUAUGUUUCCUUCAGCUAAA